AUGCCACCCAAGCCCCCAACACUCACCCUCAUCCUCGCCGCCACACCAAACCUCGGCAUUGGAAACGCCGGAGGUCUACCCUGGCCCCAGCUCAAAAAGGAAAUGGGUUUCUUCGCUCGCGUAACAAAACGCACAUCACCAUCAAGUAACAACGACAUAAAGAAGAUCAACGCCGUGCUCAUGGGCCGCAAAACCUGGGAAAGCAUACCGCCCAAAUUCCGCCCUCUAAAAGACCGCUUGAACAUCGUCAUCACAUCGCAGCCCGAGGAAUUCGCAAAGAAAUUAGACAAGAAGGACGACACAGAAGAUGUUAUCGAAGGACCCAUGGUGUGCUCUGGCAUCCUAGACGCACUAUCGCAACUUGAGCAUUUCCAAGAUAAGAAGACUUCAUCAACAUCAUCAUCUCCAACCCUCAAACUCGACAAAAUCUUCGUCAUUGGCGGCGCAAGCAUAUACAAGACGGCGCUUGAACUCCCCCAGACGAAGCGUGUGUUGCUUACCAAGAUCAACAAGGAGUUUGAGUGCGACACGUUUUUCCCUGUUAAUCUGGAGGAGACUACGUUUUGGGAGGGGAGGAGUAGGGAGGAGAUGGGGGAGUUUACGGGGGAGGAGUUGGUGGAGGGGGGGUUGGAGGAACAGGGGGUGGGUUUUGAGUUUUGUAUGUAUGAGAGGGAGUAGGUGGGGGUUAGUUAUGACAGGGAUGUUUGAGGAAGAUAGUUUGGUACUGCAUCGGGCUUAUGCUGUGAACGCCUCUAUUGUAUGCUAGCUAACUAGCUGAUGAUAUGCUAGUACAGACUUUACCACUCAGGUUUGGAAUAUCUGGUGGCAUGCCAUUUCUAGAAUACUGUUUUGCUAGGUUGGUAUUCCAGAGGAAGUCAACUAU